AUGUUUCUAGGGUGUGAGGUUGUUGCUCCACUUGUCUGGCGAGUCGUGCAUCCUCGUGAGAGGAGCACUAUCAAGCGCACAUUGUCAUCUCCAGAACGUCAAUCUCUCUAUUGGGAACAUUAUAUAGAAAUGGCAGUUGAUAGAUCAAACAGAUUCGCCCGCAAGACCGGCAGAAAGCACCUCGUCAGCAAGAACCCAUACCUCUCGCUCUUGGUCAAGUUGUACACUUUCCUUGCCCGCAGAACUGGCUCCAAGUUCAACAAGAUCGUCUUGAAGCGCCUGGUUCAGACCAGAACCAACAAGGUCGCUGUUUCGAUCUCUAGAAUCGCCAACGCCAUGAAGGACAGAAAGGCUGGCAAGAUCGCCGUCAUUGUUGGACCAGUCGUCAACGACGAGAGACUGUUGGACGUUCCAAACAUGACCAUUGUCGCCCUCAAAUUCUCAGAGUCUGUUCGUGCCCGCAUCGUCAAGGCUGGCGGCAGAGCUCUCACUUUCGAUCAGUUCGCCCUCAUUCGCCCAAGAGGCAACAACACCUUCCUCCUCAAGGGUGUCACCAAGGCCAGAACCGUCUACAAGCACUUCGGUCGUGCUCCAGGUCUCCCAGGCAGCACUGCUCGCCCAUACGUUCGCUCUGCAGGCAACAAGUUCGAGAGAGCCCGCACCUUCUCCAACUAA